AUGCCGUACACCCCUGCCAAUUCCUACGAUGCAGAUCACAAAAUCUGGAGUGGUGAUCAUGUGGCAAAUUAUUUUGACACUCAUUUUUCCUUCGGAGAACUCAUUUUCGAAGAAAUGCGACGACAUCCCCAACUCAUCGCUCAGAUCUCGGCUACGGAAAACACUAUUCUGACCAGGGCGGAACUCCAUGCUAACUCGAUGCGAGUGGCCAGCUAUAUGCGAUCCUUGGGACUCCUUCAAUCCGAUGUGGUGGGCAUUAUAGCCAGGAAUACCACCCACAUGUUCGCUGUUGUCUACGCUUGCUUUUUCAACGGAAUUGCCUUCCAUUCGCUCAACAUCACCUAUGACCAGAAAACCAUUGAGAAAAUCUACAACAUCACGAAGCCAAAGGUAAUUUUUUGCGAUGGGGAUGAGUUUCAGAAGGUUCAAACUGCCACUUCUGAACUAGAUGUGAAAAUAGUCACAAUGCGCAAUCAUCCGUCGGAUUCCAUUCGGAUUGAUGAGGUGUUGGCCACUCCCAUCGAGGAAAACUUCCAUCCAGCUCGACUGGAACAAGGAAACGAUCAAAAUCUGGCUAUUCUGUGCUCGUCGGGUACAACUGGAACUCCCAAGGCGGUAACCAUAACGAAUAGUCGACAGAUUCUCGCAGGGAACCACCAUCUGACCAGCGCCGAUGUGCAAUACUCCCAUAACACGUUAGACUGGAUCAGUGGCCUGCUCACCACUAUAACUUCUGGAGUGUUUAGCACAACUCGCAUUAUCGCAGAUAACCCCUUUGAUCCCGCCUUCGCAUUGCAAAUUAUCGAGAAGUACAAGGUGACCUGGAUCCUCCAGCCACCUUCUGCCAUGGCCUUGAUGAUCAACUCCCCAGGAUUCGAGACCUCCGAUCUUUCGAGCAUUCGGUGUUAUAUGUUCGGUGGAUCUCGGGCUUCUAUCGAGGUGCAGCAGAGCAUUAGGAAUCGUCUAAGCACGGAUUGUCUGUACUAUGGAUAUGGAUUCACAGAGCUCGGUGCUUUUGCCUCUGUAAACUAUCAUUUUAACGAGAAGCCCGGAUCAGUGGGUCGGCUGCUCAAUGGAAUCAGGCUGAAGAUUGUAAACGAUAAAGGUGAAUCCCUAGGACCCGACGAACUGGGUGAGGUGUGUAUCCAAAACAACCAGUUCUGGGCAGGAUACUAUGGAAACGAAGCGGAAACCCGUCUAAUCCGCGAUCCAGAGCGAUGGUAUCAUUCAGGGGAUUUGGGGUACAUGGACCAAGACGGGUUCCUAUAUAUCGUGGACCGCAAAAAGGAGAUGCUGAAGUACCAGAACAUCAUGUACUACCCCAACGACAUCGAGAGCGUCAUCUCCGAGAUGCCGGAAGUGCUGGAGGUCUGCGUCUUCGGGAUUUCAAGUGACAUCUAUGGAGACGAGGCCGCUGCCGCUGUGGUUAAGAAGCUGGGAAGCAAUCUGGAAGCCCAGGAUGUUAUAGACUAUGUGAGCAGCAGGACGGAUUCCAAGUACAAGCAGUUGAACGGAGGAGCAAUCAUCGUGGAGGAUCUGAAGCGAAGUGCCAAUGGCAAAACCAAUAGAAUGGCCAACAAAGCGUUUUUUUUGGAGAUAAAGGAGAGAAGCUGAAUGUAUAUAUAGUAAAUACAAAUAUGUAAUGCCUUAGAGAACUAAAUAAAUUACUUUUAUUUGUAAACUCUUCAGAAGUGAG